UACCGUCGUCCCUCUUUUUUUUUUUUUUCUGGUCAGUUCAGUACAGUUAGUCCUUCUUCUCCCUCCUGAAAGGUGAAAACCCCAAUCUAAAACCCUAACGGCCAUUUCUACAAUCGGAGCUCCACAAUGCCGGGUAUGACUUCGGAAUCCGGCGGCGGAGAAUUGGUUCCGUUUACAACGAAAGAAAAAGCUCCGGUAUUGUAUCCUCUAAGCUACGGCCUCAAGUCUCCGGUUCAUAGGCUUUCCAUCUCCUGGGGCUGCGGAAACAACCUACGCGUCACGGUUUUAACGAAUCCGGAGUUACGCGAUGAUGACGGAGAAGCUGGUGGUAAGGUCGUAAACGUGAGUCUUAACGGCGAGGAUGGCGAAAUCAGUGACGCACAGCGACGAAGGAUCGCUUAUGGAUCGGUUUCACCGUUUGCGCUUUUGCAGAGCAGGAGAAACUCAAUUUCAAGUUUGUCUAAGAUGGAUAUGAGUCCUUCUCUGUACCACCAGACUGCGUGGUGGGAAUACGUAAUGGAAUACAGCAAGGAUAUUAAAUCUCUCCUUAGUAAUACAAUAUCUUCCCCUUCUCCUCUGAUUGAAGACCCAAAAUCAGUUAUAAAGGAUGCUGAGGAACCAACUUCUUUAAAGGCUGCGUGGGAGUUGAUGGAAUUAUUUUAUGCAGAUAAGACAUGUCUGUCUUGGUUGCCAGAACGGCUCGUUGAUUGGCUAUCUGACUACGAUAUACUCCUUUCAAGCUCACAUCCGACAGUCUACUCGAAACUCCAGGAUUUCCAGAAGGAACUUGUUGGCCUACAGGUCAUCGAGGAUGAUCCAAGAUACUGGGAAGUGAUGUCAUCUGCGCUAUCAGUUGGCUGGCUAGAAAUAGUGGUGAAGUUGUUACACUUACAUGGUUCUUAUCAACUAGACCAGCUGGGAAAUCGUGAGACAGAAAAUGGACUGGUAGAAGCCGUUGCUGUUCUCGUUUCAAAAAUGCCACGAAUGCGUCCAAACCUAGAAGAUGGGAAGUUUGGUGAAUGCUUUGCAGCAAAGCCUGACUUUAUGAAGGUAUGUUAG